AUGACUUAUAUAGCUAUACUGCAUAUUACGAUAAUACGAAAAUACAAAAUUGGAAAUCGUGUUCCAGAGAUAUGUUCUAAAUUGAAUUUAGAAAUUAUUAUACCCAUACUGACUACUGAGUCACGUAAAAUAGAAACCAAUGACCAUAAAGUAAAAUUACAGUGUUUAGUUCUUCCUUGGGGGAAAGGAGUUCACCAUAAACCUUUGAAGCAGUUUACCAUAUUGCCUGUAAAUAUCCUUGCAAGCUAUUCUGUUGGAGAGCUUAAAAAAGCCAUUUAUGGAGAAAAGCCAAAAGCCUUUACAGAUUUUUCUGUGGAUGAGCUUAACCUUGGUUUAGUUUCCAUCUUUUGCAAUGAGAUAAUUACAUUAGGUACAGACCCAGAAGCGUAUGUAAAAAUUAGAUUACUGGAGAAAAGAAGACUAGUACCUAUUGAGAACGAACUCAAACACGUAAUGCACAGAGAUGUAGAUAAAUUUUUAGAUUUAUUAUUUCUGAUUAUAGAAGAACAUAAAUGUGUAGUUGGCAGAAUUUUGGAAGAAUUCCAUGCAAGUUGCUAUCCGUUCUUUGGAAGAAUAGGAGCAGUAAAACGCAAGCCCGAUAUUGUUCUAUUUAACAGAAAUCAUGUUAUACAGAAAAGAUAUGAAGAAGUGGUAUACUGGAGUAACAUCCAUGUUAUCGAAGAAAUAAAACGCACUUGCCAAAGCGACAAUAUAUCCACUGAUCUAGAACUGGCUGGUUAUGUGUGGGAAAUUUUUGGUAAUCAACAUAAUAGAAGGUUUGUCCUUGGGUUUACAUUGUGUGGUGGUUUUAUGAGAGUGUGGCUUUUUGACCGCUCAGGGGGUAUUAGUUUGAACAGAAUUGACAUUUAUCAUGAUCCUACUAUGUUUAUUCGAGUAAUUACUGGGUUUGCCACCAUGGAAUUAUUUCAGCUUGGAUAUGAUACAACUAUUAUGGAUUUGCUACUGAGACUUGGGUGCAUUGAGAUAGAAAAAUGGGACAAACAGCGACCAGAAAAUAAAAAGACUGAAAGAUUUGCAUUAAUUGAAACGAUUUUUCAUCGAGCAGUAAUAAGUGGGCGUGAAACUAUCUGUUGGAGAGCAUACCAUUUAGAUGAAGACGGAAAGGAAAUGACAGACAAAGAAUUUGUCAUAAAGGAUUCGUGGCGAUCCAUCUCACGAAAAAACACAGAGGGCAACUUACUUAAAAAAGCAACAAAUGCACUAAAACAUAUUCCUGAUACACAAAUCGUGAAAUAUUAUCAUCACGAAGAUGUUACUUUGAUAGACGGUAACAGUCAAGACAAAAAUGUUGAUGACACAUUCACUUAUAUUCGAAAACAGUUGCAUCUUUUUCUCGAUAGCAUUUCAAGCAACAAUAUGACCACAGCACGAGAAAACUGUUCUAAUGAAAAUUAUACCAGUGAUCGCUCUUCUGGGAGAUCAAAAUCAUCUGGUUUCUUUAAAGAACAGAACUUUUACUUCGUAGGCAAGACCCAGUUGAGAGAACCAGAAUAUCGUAUCUACACUAGACUAAUUACCUCUACAUGUGGAAAACCCAUUUACCAUUUCAAUGAUCAAGUAGAACUGCUCACUGCCUUAUAUGAUGCCAUAGAAGGUCAUCGGAAUUUAUUUCGCAUUGCUAAUAUUUUACAUGGGGAUAUUUCGCUGUACAAUAUCAUGAUAGGAGCAGAUGGCCGAGGAUUUAUCAUAGAUUUAGACUAUGCUAUUGAUCUUGGCUUUGACCAAUCUUCGGCCACAGAUUGUGACCAAAAAAAAGAUGCACCGUGCUACAGAACUGGGACUUUACCUUUCAUGGCUAUAGAGAUUCUAAAUCAUAAUGCAAAACAUACAUUUCAACACGACCUAGAAUUUUUCUUCUAUGUUUUAUGCUGGAUUUGCUCUGAGUAUAAGGGCUCUCGUGGCAAAUUACGUGCUAGAGAUUGUAAAUGA